GCACGGGCAGCAGCACCUGGAGAGGACGCAGCAGCAGGGGCGGUAUGCUCCUCCACUUGCUCUCUAGCUGAGUCUAAUAGUUCAACUUCAAGAGGUGAAUUGGGUCACAGCCAGCGCUAUCUGGCUGGAGGUCACCACUCUUUUGUCCUGUUUGUGGGGCGGGCUGCGAUGGCGGGCUUGGAAGCAGCAUUCUGCGGCUUCACGCAAGGGUGCGUAAGUCAGGCAGCAUUCAGCAGGCACACCGACCUAGACGCCAACAAGCAACCCCUCUUCAAAACCUGGCUGACGCCUGCGACUGGGGCCAGAGCCACCCUCCCCUGUAGAGCUAGCCGCAGAAGUAUAGGCAUCAAGUCUAGAAAAACCCUCGGCGUGUCAUCGCCGCCCUUCUCAUCCUACUCCUUCCUUCCCCUAGCACCACUCCCUACCUUCCGGUCACCUCAUCGGAGUCGACAAAGUGGUGCCCGGCGACGUGCUUCUUGUGUCCGAGCGUCCGGCUCGUCAGAUCAGCUGGUCCCCACUUCUGCAGUGAUGGAUUCAGCAGAUUAUAAGGUGCAGCAGAGCCGGAUAGACACAAUACUGGCGCGCCUGCAUGAGCUCGACCCAGGGAUCCCCUCAGUGGAGGAGGCGGCCAUCCGCGCAGAUCUCAACACCCUGUCCGCAGAGCACCUCUCGCUCGUAGAAAACAGUACCGGCAAAAACCGCACCAUCAGCAGCUGGUCCGCGCUGCUGAAGCGCCUGAUUGCGCUGAAAGAGGGGGACGAUGCGCAGCGUCUGGGGCGGCACGACCACCGGCGCGUCUGGCUGGCGGAGCAGCGCCUGCUCAAAACGCUGGGCUGGGCGGCGCGCCUGCGGGAGACGCUCGCACGGUUGUUUAGCUGGCAGGGCCUCGUGCUCUUUGGCGCCUUUCUCCUGGCUGCGGUGUCCAUCAACCUUGCAUGGAGGCCGCAGGCGAAGAUCGUGACAAAGCCCGUGCAGUACAGCACGUUCCUGCAGGAGGUGGAGAAGAAGAACGUCAAGGUGGUCAAUUUUGAGGAGCAGUCUCGGAAAAUAUACUUUGCACUGAGGGAUGAGGACGAGGCAUUCCGAGCGCAAAGGGAGGCGGGCCAAGAAAAGAAGGACAUCAUUGACAAGGGGUUCCUGAAAAUCUCUGUGGAGAGGACUGUGGCCAGCCCUCCCCGCCCUGCCCGGUACCUGACGCGCCGGGUGGAAGGCGACAUGAAACUCAUCGAAAAGCUGCAGGCCAGCGGCGCAGCAUUCCGGUCGGUCCCCCCCUCGUCUCUGGACGGCAUGCGCACGGCGCUCUUCACAAUGGUGGCCAUCUACGUGCCGCUCAUCCCGCUUUUCAUCUUUGCGCGGCGCCAGCUCAUGGGGCGUGCCACCAAGAAGCGCGCACGCGCGCACGACUCGGCGGUCACUUUCCGGGAUGUUGCGGGGGUGGACCAGGCGAAGCAGGAGCUCAUGGAGGUGGUCCAGUUCAUGAAAAACAAGGGCAAGUAUCGCAAGCUGGGGGCGAAGUUACCUAAGGGCGUUCUGUUGGUCGGGCCCCCGGGGACCGGCAAGACGCUGCUGGCGCGGGCCAUGGCGGGGGAAGCGGGGGUGCCGUUCCUCUCGGUGUCCGCCAGUGAGUUCGUCGAAAUGUUCGUGGGGAGGGGCGCUGCGCGCGUGCGCGAGCUGUUUGCGGAGGCGAGGGCGGCCGCUGCCGAGAGUGCGGGGCGGCGAGGGGCGCGGCCGGGCGCCCCCCGGGAGGCGGGCACGUGUGUCGUCUUCAUCGACGAGUUGGACGCGGUAGGGGGCAAGCGGGGGCUCAGCUCGAACGAGGAGCGAGAUCAGACGCUCAAUCAGCUCUUGACGGAAAUGGACGGCUUCGAUGCGGAAGAGGGGGUUCUUGUACUGGCGGCCACCAACCGUGCGGAGGUUCUGGACGCGGGCCUGCUCCGGCCGGGCCGCUUCGACCGCAAGGUGUUUGUGGGCGCACCCGACGCGGAGGGGCGGCAGGCGAUCUUGGCGGUGCACAUGCGCACCACGCCGGUGGUGGGCGACAAGGGGGCCAUCCAGCGCGCAGUGGCGCGGGUGACGCCGGGCUUCGUCGGGGCGGACCUCGCCAACGUGGUCAACGAGGCGACGCUGCUGGCCAUCCGCGAUGGCAGAGAGGUGGUUCAACUAGAUGAUUUUCUGGAAGCCGUGGAUCGCUCUCGGUUCGGUAUUGGGCGGCGAAAGGGCCCCAUCCAAAAUUUGCAGCAGGGCUUUGGCAGAUGGUUGCGAAAGUUGGGCGGGGAGCUGUCUGAAGGUACUGAGCUUGCUGGGGGAGGGGGAGAUGGAGGACCUAUUGUCCCCAAGGCUGUAACCAUGAAUUAGGGCUUCUCAGCUGUCGCUAAGUCAGAAAUGACUUGCAUCUAGGUAGAAGAUCGGCGCAUGCGUUCACAGAGGUCACCCCAUUGGUGAAUUGAAGCUUUAUUGGUUCGACGAAUAUUGUAGGUUCACGAGGUAUAUAGAUAAUUCGUCAACUCGCCACAGCGUACAUGUGUGGUUGCUAAAUGCAGGGUUGUUUGCAGCUCGAGAACUUAGGAAUUAAAUUCCCUGAUGUGGAAGUGUGGUGGUGGAUCAAGCGCCAGGCUCAAGUUUUCGAUGGUAAGGACGCGGUUACUUAAGCACCGCUGUUUCAAUGCACAUGUCAA